AGAAACAAGAGGGCGCCUGUGCCCCUCCCUUGCUUCGUUAGGAUGUAUUUUUUUGUGUAGCUGGUUUGUUUAUGACGCGGUUCUCUGGUUCUGUUAGCUUGACAGCUUAUCAAGUGUGUAAUGUUGUGAAAAAGCAUAACAAAAAACUCGCUUGUGGCGUUUUUUUCGGUCGAUACUGUGCUUUGUGCAAGAUAGAUCUAAAAGAGGGUCAGGGUUAGUUAGCAUUAAGUGCUGCUUAGUCGUUCGACAGGAUUACAUUUGUUAGCUGCAGCGUAAUGUUGGACCGGAAAGUUGUUAUUUGACGACUCCCGGGCUCGGGCAAUGGAAUAUCAGUGUUAACAUAGAGGACGUUACAAGCGCAUAUGUAAUACCUUUCAGUCAUUGGCAGGUUAGGCUUAUACACAGCUGCCUGGAAACUAGGCUAGCUAGCGAACUACAUUGACGUUAGCAUGGCGUCAGAUACAAGUGACACGGAGGAAUUCUAUGAUGCUCCAGAGGACCCCAAUUUUACUCCGUCUCCACAAGUGUCUCCCGCAAAGUUCGUCAUUCCUUCACCUCAGCUUUUGCACAGUUCAGUAAACGUUGCGCAAGAUUUGAGCUGUGCCACUUCUGAGACUCAGCAAGAUGAUUCGUUACAGAUCAUUGAUAGUAUCAUCGAAGAGAGUCAAAAGGGAGACGUAGGUGAGGUGGCUCAGCUGUUAGAUCAGCUGCAUGUUGAUGUAGCAGCCGAGCCAAAUGAGCAGAAUAAUGGUGACAGGCUCCCUGGGGAGCUGGCUGUGCCAGCUGUUGAACCCCAGCUUGUCGAGAGGCCAGAGGAACAACGGAAUAGCAUAGUAUCAAACGGCGAGUGCUCUAUACCUGCUCUCGAGCCCACAGGUCUCCCAGGGCCAUCAGCUGGCUCACAAGAACAUGUUCAGCCUCCAGACAUCACCAGCACCAUAGGACAGAGUCAGCCCAGCCUGUCUGUUGCGGUUGCAGAAGGUGGUCAGGAGCCAAGACCGGCUGACAUCUUAGACCAGGUUCCCUUGACUGACAGGCCAGCUGACUCGGACUCCUCUGGGUCUUUAAAACCUCAGCAGUUCACAGUGGAGCCAGACAUUGUAGCUAGCACAAAGAAGCCUCCUCCCUCACGCCCACCCCCUCCAAGCGGGGGUCCUCCUGCAAGACCUCCGCCACCAUCUCGGCCGAAAUUACCUACCAAGAAGUCACAGGAGUGUGUUAGGCCAAGUGGGCUGGAAGUGUCUGCUGUCAGUGUGGUCUGCAGUGAUUCUCUGGAGCCAUCAGGCCUCCUGUCUCCUGGCAGCACUGUGAGGAGUCUAACCAAAGAGCUGCAGCAUUCCUUGGAUCUGGCCAGUGCUACCAGUGGAGACAAGGUGGUGACGGCACAGGAAAAUGAAGAUGAACAGACCUCAUCUCAGAGCGGAGGACAGACCCCAGGCCCUCAACGUCCUCGGUCAAAUUCUGGCAGAGAACUGACAGAUGAAGAAAUCUUGGCCAGUGUGAUGAUCAAGAAUUUAGACACUGGGGAAGAAAUUCCUCUAAUUCAGGCGGAGGAGAAACUUCCUGCUGGGAUCAACCCUCUCACUCUGCACAUUAUGAGGAGGACCAAGGAGUACAUCACGAAUGAUGCAGCACAGUCAGAUGAUGAUGAGAAGACUCAGACUCCAAUGACAGACACAGACGGUGGAAAACUAAAACAGAGAACGACCCAGUUAAAAAAAUUCCUCGGCAAGUCGGUGAAGAAGGCCAAGCAUCUGGCUGAGGAGUACGGAGAGAAGGCAGUCAACAAAGUGAAAAGUGUUCGUGAUGAAGUCUUCCAUACAGAUCAGGAUGAUCCAUCAUCGAGCGACGAUGAGGGUAUGCCUUACACCAGGCAGGCCAAGUUCAAGGCAGCGCAUAGCUUCAAGGGUCCCUUUGACUUUGACCAGAUUAAGGUUGUGCAGGACCUCAGUGGAGAGCACAUGGUGGGAUUAUUACUUUUCCAGAAGAUGUUCAAGUUCUUGUUAGAGAAACCUUCCUUUGUUUUUUCUUCUCCAGGUCGAGUGUCACCUUCUCCUUCUCAGGAAAGUUUAUGUUCUUCUAAAUCUGACACUGAGACUGGGGCGAGUUGUAUUCCAGAGGACCCAGACACGGAAGAUAGAAAUGCCCCUUUCCGUCAAGUCCCUUUCUGCAAGUACAAGGGUCACACGGCUGAUCUGUUGGACUUAUCCUGGUCAAAGAACUUUUUCCUGCUCUCCUCUUCCAUGGAUAAAACAGUCAGGUUAUGGCACAUAUCCAGGCGAGAGUGUCUCUGCUGCUUUCAGCACAUUGAUUUUGUCACAGCCAUUGCUUUCCAUCCCAGGGAUGACAGGUACUUUUUAAGCGGCUCCCUAGAUGGAAAACUACGGCUCUGGAACAUUCCAGAUAAGAAGGUGGCUUUGUGGAAUGAGGUGGAUGGCCAAACCCGGCUUAUCACCGCUGCCAACUUCUGCCAAAAUGGGAAAUAUGCAGUGAUUGGCACCUAUGAUGGUCGAUGUAUCUUCUAUGACACAGAGCGUCUGAAAUACCACACGCAAAUUCAUGUGCGGUCCACCAGAGGAAGGAACAAAGUGGGACGCAAGAUCACUGGCAUUGAACCUCUGCCUGGAGAAAAUAAGAUUUUGGUGACAUCAAAUGAUUCCCGCAUUCGCCUUUAUGACCUGAGGGACUUGUCUCUAUCAAUGAAGUACAAGGGUUAUGUCAACAGUAGCAGCCAGAUUAAGGCCAGCUUCAGUCACGACUACUCCUUCAUUGUAAGCGGCUCAGAGGACAAGUACAUAUACAUCUGGAGCACUUACCAUGACUUGAGUAAAUUCACAUCUGUACGGCGGGACCGCAAUGACUUCUGGGAAGGGAUUAAAGCACACAACGCUGUGGUUACGUCAGCCAUUUUCGCACCCCACCCAGGCCUUAUUGUCCCACAGGAGAGUGGUGCAGAGAAGCCAGAAGCAGAGUGUAAGAGCCUGGACUCCACAGACUCUGAAACGAUACCCUCAGGAGCAUUAAAGACAGAUCACACAGAAGUUCUUCUCUCCGCUGACUUCACUGGAGCCAUCAAGGUUUUUAUCAAUGUAAAAAAAUACUGAGCAUUUUAGAGGCUCUUGGCUCUUCAGGUUCAGGCCCAUCUAUCAGUGAUCAGUCCUAAAGGUUGAGGACAGCUUGUCUCAGAGCCUUGUAAGGUCACUAAGUACCUAAUGGUACUGAGACAAAGUUGUCUGUAGUAGCGGUUUUUGGUAAACAGGGACCCUAAAAUAAAAGGGAAUAGGUGGAAUAAAUAAACUGUAAAUGGACAAAGUGAGGUUCCUUACCACUUUUUGUUUUUAAAUCUUUGAUACCAGACAACUGUGAACAGUUUGGUCUGAACGAAAGAUCUGGACAUGUCAAGCGUGAACAGAAACUAAAUCUGUUCAGAUACGCACGUGUACAUUUCAGGCUGUAUGGUCAGGGCUGAAUAUAGCUAGAAGACUACCUGUAACAGUAUGGGGCACCUUAUGCUUUCUUUGGCUACCACAUUUCAGAAGAAAUUUAGAGAAGCAAGGCACUGAUGUUGGGCAGAUUUUCAUGUCUUGUGUUAAGACGCAUUUGUCUCAAGGUGUCUAAAGAUGGACUGUAAUGUCAUUUACAAAAUAUUCGUGCCUACAGAGUCUAGAUUGCUUUCUAAAUUACACUUCUAAAGCUUUCCUCUCACUUUAUCAGACAUUUCAGCAGAUAACAAAAUUUUCAGUGCAGGAGAUGUGUGGCUACUAAUGAUCGGGGCUGGGCAUCUUAAAUCUGUGUUUCAGAACCAGUAUUGGGUCAAAUACUUUUGAUACAUUUCUUUGUUCAAUGAAAGCACAUUUCAUUCUAUAAAACAGUUGUGUAAAUUUACUGUGUAACAUUGCAUACUUAAUGCUUUUGUAAACAAAUGCUCUAUUACUUUCCUCAAUAAAAAUCCACACAAACUAAAA